AUGUCAGUUGGAAAUCUACUUGGCCUCUUGACCCGAGCCGCCAAUAUUGGGGCCGGAAAGGGUAUCUUGACGAAGAAUGCAGAUGGUGUCGGUUCUUCCAACCUGCUCACUUACAAGGAGCUUCUGGACCUUGCGAAGUUACGGUCGACGCAAUUAGUGCGCCGGGUGGGUGUUGAAAUUGAAAGAAAAGUGGUCCUGCUGAACUCGGUGAAUCACCUGGAAAAUAUCGUAUGGUUCUGGGCAAUUAUCGUCGCCGGAGCGGUGCCGUGUAUCUGCCCACCCCUUCCCAAGGAUAGGGAGCAGCGAAAGGAGAGGAUCGCAUAUCUAAGAACGCUGUUGGACAAUCCUCUUAUAGUGACAAGUAAGUCGCUGGAAUCUGAGUUCGAUGGAUUAAAUGGACUCCAGAUGAUGUCCUCCAGUGAGCUGGAAUCUGUGCACGUGGAGCAGCAACUAUGCAAAGAGGCUGAAUGCUUGCCAGGAAGCAGCAAAAAGGAACAAGAUAUAGCUGUCCUUAUGCUGACGUCGGGAAGUACGAGCAAUCCCAAGGCAGUCUGUUUGAAACACGGUCAGCUCUUGGCGGCUUUGAAAGGCAAGAGCCUUCACCAUGGCACCGACCGUGAUGAUAUUUUCAUGAAUUGGAUUGGACUUGACCAUGUGGCAAAUCUCACUCAGAUACAUCUGCAUGCGGUGAGCUUAGUGGCAACUCAGCUGCACCUGUCGGGAGCAGAAGUGAUGGCAAAUCCAUGUCACUUCUUGGAAAAUAUCAGUGAGCACAAAGUCACCGUGACCUUUGCUCCGAAUUUCUUCCUUGCAGCUUUGGUGAACAAGUUGAGAGCCACCGAAGAACCCAUCUCCAAUCUGGACCUCUCAUCCCUGCGGACGUUACUAUCCGGCGGCGAGUCCAACGUCGUCGACACAUGUGACAAGCUUACCCGCUUGUUGGCCCAAUAUGGCGCGCCAAGAUCCUUCAUAAGCCCUGGAUUUGGGAUGACCGAGACCUGCGCAGGCUCUAUUCAUGCUCUAGAUUGUCCUUCAUACGACAUCGCACAAGGAACAGAGUUUUGCUCUGUUGGAGUACCCAUUCCCGGGCUUCGUAUGAGAAUUGUUCGCCAUGAUGGAAGAGAGACUGCCAAGAAUGAAGUAGGGCUUCUCGAGGUUUCUGGUCCAGUCGUCUUCAGUGGAUAUUUGAAUGAUCCAGAAGCCUCCGAUGCAGCAUUUACACCCGACGGGUGGUUUAGGACUGGAGAUGUCGGGCUUCUUGAUUCAAAAGGGGCUCUGAGAUUGACAGGGCGCAGUAAGGAAUCGGUUGUCAUCAACGGUGUCAGCUACUCAUCCGAGAGUGUAGAGGCUGCUAUAGCACAGGCUGCCAUCCCUGGAGUCACCUCUUCUUUUACAGUGGUCUGGCCUCAUCGCCCCAAGGAUUCGCCAACAGAGACCCUCUGCAUUGCGUACCUACCAACAUACUCGGUCGAGGAUAAACAGAACCGACUUGCGACGGCCGCUUCUAUCUCUAAAGCAGUUGUUAAGCAUUGUGGAUCUCGACCAUUCAAAAUCAUCGCAUUACCCACGGAGUUGUUCCCAAAGUCUUCUCUGGGAAAAUUGUCUCGGUCGAAGAUGCAACUAGCCUUCGAGGAUGGAGAGUAUCGGAAAUACGAGCAUGAGGAUAUGGCUAUCAUGGAAACUUCACGGAAGAAUUUCCAGGAAGCGGUGGGAAUGACCACAACGGAGAAGGCUGUUCUUCAGGUCUUUCAUGACCUUCUAGCGAGCGAUUAUGGGGAGCUGGGAAUCGAAAUUCAAAUCGAUAGUGACAUGUUCGAGAUCGGGGUAUCCUCUAUUGACCUCCUGAAACUGCGAGUCUAUUUAGAAAAAGCUCUGAACAUCGAGAUUCCGAUGAUCAUCUUCUUCUCCCACCCAACUCUUCGCGACCUUAGCCAGGCUCUCGAUGGAUUGCAGAAAGAAAAGACCUACGACCCCAUCGUGGUCCUCCGGGCGCACGGGCCAAAACCUCCCUUGUUCUUAAUCCAUCCAGGUCUUGGUGAAGUUCUGAUUUUCAUGAAUUUGGCUCGAUACAUUGAAGAUCGCCCUGUUUAUGCGAUUCGCGCUCGGGGGUUCGACGGGGAAGGAUUUUUCUCCUCCGUCGACGAAAUGGUCACCACUUACCAUGAUGCCAUCAAGCGCAUGCAGCCGACAGGACCAUAUUCUAUCAUUGGCCACUCUUUCGGAUCGAUCGCAGCCUUUGAGAUUACCAAGAUCAUGGAAUCGAAUAAUGACAAAGUGCAGUUCCUUGCUUCGAUCGAUCAACCUCCACACUUCAAAUGGUGGGCUAAGCUCACUAACUGGUAUUAUGGGGCCAUGACCAUUUCCUACUACAUGAAUCUCAUUGACGCGGAUUAUCGAAAGAGUGCGCUACCGGAAAUGCAAAAAAAAACGCACGAAGAGGUCUUGGCUCAUAUCAUGGAGCACGCAGGACCUGCCCGGGUGAAGGAUGCCGGAAUGUCACCCGAGUACCUGGAUAAUUGGGCGAUUCUGGCCAAUGAGAUGAAAUUGAUCGCUCGAGAAUAUGAUCCUGCGGGCAGUGUGGCAACCUUGGACAUCUUCCAUGUAGACCCUGCGAAGGUUGAAGGCGAGUGGCCCCACGAGGAUAUAAGGAAAUGGGAGGAAUUUUCCGAGGAUAUAAAGUUUCAUGUAGUCCCCGGAGGCCAUUCGACUUUAAUCAGGCAGCCUAAUGUUCCCGGAUUAUACAAAGUAUUAAAGAAGGCAUGGGAGGAGCGUGGAGUGGAAUGA